AAACUUUUGUGGCGCCGAUGAACAAGGAAAAGCAGCAUGAACGUGAAGCGAAGGAGGUGGCCCAGCUGACGGAGCGCAUUAGCCUGGAAACUCCCGAGAGAGGGACGCAGAUGGACGACAUCGAGUCUUUUGACAUGAUGCCGCUGUCCAUCUCGACAAAGAAUGGGUUGAAGCGAGGCAAGUUCGCCAAACCCACCAAGAUUCAAAUCGGCACGAUUCCGCAUGCCUUGGCAGGUCGUGACAUCCUUGCCGCCGCUAAGACAGGGUCCGGGAAAACGCUGGCGUUCUUGAUCCCCAUGUUGGAGAAGUUGUUCCGGCAGCGAUGGGACGUAGAAGACGGCGUCGGCGCGCUGGUCAUUUCCCCCACACGCGAGCUGGCCAUGCAGAUCUUUGAAGUGCUUCGUUCCAUUGGGAAGUCCCAUACGUUCUCGGCGGGGCUUGUGAUCGGCGGCAAGAACUUUCAGGAAGAGCAAUACCGCAUCAUCAAGAUGAACAUUCUCGUGGCGACCCCCGGGCGGUUGCUGCAGCAUAUGGAGCAAACGGCCAACUUUGAACUGUCCAACCUCCAGGUGUUGAUUCUAGACGAAGCCGAUCGCAUCCUGGACAUGGGCUUCUCCAACCAAUUGACCGCCAUCAUCGGGUACCUUCCGUCCGAGCGGCAGACUAUGCUCUUCUCCGCCACGCAGACCAAGUCCAUCAAGGACCUCGCGAGGCUGAGCUUGAACGAGCCCGAGUACGUCGCCGUGCAUGAGAAGUCGACUUCCGCCACGCCCAGCGGACUCGUGCAGAACUACAUGGUGUGCGAUGUCGGCCAAAAGCUGGACGUGCUCUUCUCAUUCAUCAAGUCGCAUCUCAAGCAGAAAACCAUCGUGUUUGUGUCGACCUGUCGACAGGUCCGGUUCAUCCACGACGUGUUUUGCAAGAUGCAGCCGGGGAUUCCAUUGUCGGCGCUCCAUGGCAAGUACAAGCAAGGCAAGCGCGUGGAAGUGUACUACAACUUUGUCAACAAACCUGCCGGCGUCAUGUUUGCCACUGACGUGGCAGCACGAGGGCUCGACUUUCCCAACGUCGAUUGGGUGGUCCAGCUCGAUGCCCCGGAAGACACGCCCAACUACAUCCAUCGUGUGGGCCGCACGGCUCGGUACAACCUCACCUCUCUCCUCACCCUUUUCAAGCGAUCGAGUAGGUACAACAAGAACGGCCGCGCGUUGAUGCUACUGCUGGCGUCCGAAGUGACGGGGCUGCUCGCAGGUCUCGAAGAUGCCAACGUUCCGAUUUCCAAGAUCGAAGUCAAUCCUGCCAAAACCCAAAGCACCCACGGCAAGGUGGCGUCCAUCGUGGCGGCGGACAAGGAGCUCAAGGCGCUGGCCCAGAAGGCGUUCAUGUCGUACGUCCGGUCCAUCUACCUGCAGCCGGCCAAGGACAUCUUUGACGCGACGGCGCUCGACACGGAGCAGUUGGCGUCGGCGUACGGAUUGCCCCAUGCCCCACGCAUGCCGUUCCUCAAGGACGUGGCGGCGCAGACCCGCGAAGUAAACCGCGAAAAGAAAAACGUCAACCGCAAGCUCCAGGCGCUAAAGGACAAGAUCAAGGCCGAGAAGUUGCUCAAAAAGUUGGGAGCUUCCAAACAGCAGAACGAGCCUACCGCGUCGUCUGGGGAUGGCAGUGAUAGCAGCGAUGACGACGACAGUGAUGACGGCGACGAGGAAGACUUUUUGGUGGUCAAGCAGCGCCACAACUGGGACAAGGACGAAGAUGUGGGCGAGUUGCAAGUUGCGCAAACGAAGAAGAAACCCAAGGCCAAGAUCCGCAUUCACGCGUCGAGCGCGUCCAAGGUCGUGUUUGACGACGACGGCAACACGCUGCAACCGUUCGACGCGGUCGCCGCCUCCAACGUCGACGGGUUUGCCAACGUGGCAGAGCAGGCCAAGGCGUUCCAGGCGUCGGUGGCCAAGCGACUGCUGGAAAAGGACAGUGAGGACCGACAGCUCGAGAAGGACCGCGUGCGCGCCAAACACACCAAGAAGCGCCAGCAGAGCAAGGGCGACCGCGAAGACGAAGACGGCGCAGCUGUCGCCGUGUUGGGUGGCGGAAGUGAUGACGACGACGAAGAUGAUGAUGAUGGUGACGAAGAAGGGUCUGAUGUUGGCAGUGACGAGGACUUGGACGAGGACCGCCGCAUGAAGGGAAGGGAAGCGCUCGCGUUGGAGAUGAUCCAGGCGCGCAAGAAGCGGCGCUUGGCGUAGGAAUCUAUCGACUCUUGUGCUUCUUUAUUUCCUAAUUUACAAGCCACUACAGUUCUGCUUGUUACCCACGGAAUGGCGCCAUGUACCUAGGUCGAUACAGUAGACUCCUACAGUGCUGUAGGAUGGGUAGGCAU